AUGGCUGACAAAAUCGAAAAGUUGGCCUCAUACCUCGACGACAGCCAAAAAAGAAUCACUAAAUCUCAUUGUGAUUCGGAGGAGACUUUCCGCCUUUUGACGAGGAAAGGUGUUUUUCCUUACGAUUAUCUAAAUUCGUGGGAAAAAUUAAAUGACACGACAUUACCGACUAAAGACGAUUUUUAUAGUAAACUGACUGACGAAGCUAUUUCAGACAGCGAGUACGAGCACGCUACAAAUGUCUGGAAUACAUUUAAUAUUCAAAAUUUGGGGGAAUAUUCGGACUUGUACCUGAAAACUGACGUUCUACUUUUGGCUGAUAUUUUCGAAAAUUUUCGUGAAAAUUGUCUAAAAACUUACGGUCUUGAGCCUUUACAUUAUUACACCUCCCCCGGUCUGGCCUUUGAUUCCAUGCUCAAAAUUACUAAACAGACAUUAGAAUUACUGACGGACAUUGACAAAGUUUUGAUGAUCGAGAAGGGGAUCCGAGGUGGCGUAGCCCAAGUGUCGAACCGGUACUCAAAGGCUAACAACAAGUACAUGGGUGAGGCAUACAAUCCGGACGAACCCGAUAAGUACAUCAUGUACUAUGAUGUAAAUAACUUAUACGGCGCGGCGAUGUCUCUUCCCCUUCCAACCGGGGGAUUCGAGUGGGUACCCGUCGAUCAAUUCUACAACUUGAAUAUAACCGAUUUAGCAGAUGAUGCUGAAAUCGGUUAUAUUUUAGAAGUGGACAUUGAGUACCCGCCCGAACUUCAUGAACUCCACAAAGACUUACCCCUGUGCCCGGAACAAAUGGUUCCCCCAGGAGGCAAACAAUCAAAAUUACUGACAACACUUUUUUCGAAAACCGGUUACGUUAUCCAUUACAGACAAUUGAAACGGUGUAUUGAGCGGGGAUUAAAGAUUACUAAAGUACACAAAAUUCUUAAAUUCAACCAAUCGGCUUGGUUACAAAAAUACAUAAAUUUAAAUACGGAUUUACGGAAACAGGCGACUAACGAAUUUGAGAAAAAUUUCUAUAAAUUAAUGAAUAAUUCUGUCUUUGGUAAAACCAUGGAAAAUGUGCGAAAACAUAAAGACGUUAAACUGGUCACACAAUGGGAGGGUCGAUAUGGGGCAAAAAAUUUGAUCGCGAAACCAAAUUUUCACAGUUUAACAAUUUUCGAUGAAGACAUGGUUAUAGUAGAGAUGAACAGACUCAAAAUUAAGUUCAACAAGCCGAUUUAUGUUGGAUUUAGUAUUCUGGACCUUUCCAAAAUUAUACUUUACGAUUUCCAUUACGAUUAUAUUAAACAAAAUUUCGGCAAUGAGGCUAAAUUAUUGUACACGGACACUGACAGUUUAAUAUACGAAUUCACGGACAUUGACAUUUACGAGAGCAUGAAGAGAGACAUCCAGCUGCUUGAUACAUCAGACUACCCCGAAGAUAAUGCGUACGGUAUGCCUCGCAUCAACAAGAAAGUACUAGGUCUUAUGAAAACGAAAGCUGUGGAAGAAUAG